AUGAAUAAAUUAAAUGAAAGGAUUAGGAACAAAAACAUCGUUGUGGUAGACAUCAAUGAACACGCACUAUUUCCACCCUUCCGCCGCCGCGACUACGAGCUUCCUCUUUGCCUCUUUCAUAAAGGAAAGAUGAAUUUCAACACAGCUAAGAUACCCAAGAUGCCUGAUACUGGUGCAGCUUCGGCAUUGCUAAAGUUAGGAGCUGUUGUUGGUCUUGGAUUGUAUGCAGCAGGUAACAGCCUUUACAAUGUUGAAGGAGGACAUCGUGCUAUUGUCUUCAAUCGUCUAGUUGGUGUCAAAGACAAGGUUUAUCCUGAAGGGACACACAUCAUGAUUCCCUGGUUUGAAAGGCCUAUCAUCUAUGAUGUUCGUGCACGACCCCAUCUUGUAGAAAGCACCUCUGGUAGCCGUGAUUUACAAAUGGUGAAAAUUGGUCUUAGAGUUCUUACUCGUCCAGUUGCUGAUCAACUACCUGAAGUUUAUCGAACCCUUGGUGAAAACUACAAUGAGAGAGUUUUGCCUUCGAUUAUUCAUGAAACAUUGAAAGCUGUUGUUGCACAAUACAAUGCUAGCCAGCUUAUUACCCAAAGAGAGGCUGUUAGCAGGGAAAUAAGGAAAGUACUGACUGAAAGGGCUUCUCAUUUCAACAUGGCAUUGGAUGACGUGUCAAUCACAAGUUUGACUUUUGGAAGGGAGUUUACUGCUGCAAUUGAAGCAAAACAGGUGGCUGCACAAGAAGCUGAAAGGGCCAAAUUUGUUGUGGAAAAGGCUGAACAAGACAAGCGUAGUGCUAUUAUUAGAGCGCAGGGAGAAGCGAAAAGUGCACAGCUGAUAGGUCAAGCAAUUGCCAACAAUCCGGCUUUUAUCACUCUGAGAAAGAUUGAAGCUGCUAGAGAAAUUGCAGCAACAAUGGCUGCUUCUUCCAACAAAGUCAUGUUGAAUGCUGAUAAUCUUUUGCUCAAUCUUCAGGAAAUGAGUUUGGAAAAGAAGUAGAGAAAAGGUAAACCUACUACAAAAAAACACAUUGCAACUCAUCUAUCCUUUUUCUAAACUAUAUCUACCUUUUUUUUUUUUUUUUUUUUUUUUUUU